UGCUGUGGGAUGGCAGGCAGCAAUCCCAGCAAACCCAGCAGCCUGGGUGCUCUCCCCCUGAACCAGGACCGCUGUUCUGCUUCUGAGGCAGGGGGACGCUGCUUUGCAUUGCCCAGGCUCAGCUGCUGGUGCAAACUUUAGCCCAGGCACCGAGAGGAUGAACUGAAUCCCGCUCCCGUUCCCAGCUCUUUCCAUCACCCAGAUCCUGCCUGCGACCGCUCCCACGCCACGCUCUGCGGAUCGGGAAGAGGAGAGGAGACGGGAAGGCUGGUGAGCACAGCGGAGCCGGCUCUGUGGCCAAUGAAAAUAAAUGAUGCAGGAUUACCAGGGAACAUCCAGGCUCCGUGGCUGGAGGGGGAUGCGGAGCAGCAGGCAUUCCAGUUUGAAACAGAGGGAUUUCAUCCCCGCGGAAGGCACUGGCCAUUUUGUCUUCACCAGUGCUACAGCAAGGUCAGCCCCUCCCUUCUGGAGAAGGUUCUGCUGGAAACCAGGGUGUGCCCAUCUCAGAGUAUCACUCUGUAUCCAAGUGGAGUCAAGGGCACCAAGCCGGGUCCCACCCAGCUCCAUGGGGUGGAUUGGGGCAGGUAAGUGGGUGGUGGCACCCAGUCCUGUGCACUCUGUCAAAACCUGGCCGUGCUGCCAGCCUGGAGCUGGGCCUUGGGAGAUGGGGGGCUGUGGGCUCCGGCACACCUCGCUCCUGCCCCAUGCCUGCCUUGUCAGGUCUGAUCACGAGAAGGAUCAGCCGGCCCCGCUCCUCGCUCUCCAGAUUUAAUUAGCCUUUCAUCUCUACCCUGAAGGAAUCUGCUAUCUUCUGUCUUCUUAAUUAACGUUCAUUAAGCAAAUCAGAAGAACAUUUUCUCCUCUCCGCCUCCACGGCUUUUAACCCUUGCAGGGUUCCAGGUUCCCCCCUCCCAGGCUCCUGGGAAGGUUGGUGUGUUGUCACAGCCUUGGUCACCACAUCUCUGCCACGCGUGGACCAAAGUGCUGGGGCAGUGGGUGAAGUCUCUCCAGGUACAGAGAACUUCAGCUUCCACAAGAUGGACCUCGGAGCGAGAGGAGGUGCCGGGUAGGGGGACCCGUCCCAUCCCACCCUGUCCCGUCCCGUCCCAUCCCAUCCCGUCCUGUCUGCUCCCGCCUUGCCAUCGGGAGGAGGUUCAGAGUCCAGCCAGGCGAGCCCCGGCAUGGCACGGCCUCCCGGGCUCUGCCUGCUGGCCCUGCUGGCGCUGGGGCUGGGGCUGGGGGCGGGGGGCUCGUCCGCCUGCUGGGACCCCCGGGGGCAGCCCCGCCGCUGCAUGCCCGACUUCGAGAACGCUGCCUUCGGCCGGGCCGUCCGGGCCACCAACACGUGCGGGUCGCCCCCGGAGGACUAUUGCCUGCAGAUGGGCACCCGCCACGACAGCGCCCUGUGCCACCGCUGCGACGCCGCCGACCCCCGGCUCCACCACAACGCCUCCUUCCUCACCGACUUCCACAGCCAGGAGGAGAGCACCUGGUGGCAGAGCCAGUCCAUGGCCUUCGGCAUCCAGCACCCCAACUCCGUCAACAUCACCCUGCACCUCGGCAAAGCCUACGAGAUCACCUACGUGCGGCUCAAGUUUCACACCAGCCGCCCCGAGAGCUUCGCCAUCUACAAGCGCAGCCACGCUGAGGGGCCCUGGGUGCCCUUCCAGUACUACAGCGCAUCCUGCGAGAAGACCUACGGGAAGCGGCCGCGGCAGUACCUGAGGCCGGGGGAGGACGAGCAGGUGGCCUUCUGCACCGACGAGUUCAGCGACAUCUCCCCGCUGAGCGGGGGCAACGUGGCCUUCUCCACGCUCGAGGGACGGCCCAGUGCCUACAACUUCGACGGGAGCCCCGCGCUGCAGGAGUGGGUGACAGUCACUGACCUGCUUAUCUCCUUGAACCGGCUCAACACGUUUGGGGAUGACAUCUUCAAGGACCCCAAGGUGCUGCAGUCAUACUACUACGCUAUCUCUGACUUCUCCGUUGGUGGCAGGUGCAAAUGCAAUGGCCAUGCCAGCGAGUGCGCGCCGGACGAGGCCGGGCAGCUGGUCUGUGUGUGCCAGCACCACACGGCCGGCGUGGACUGCGAGCGCUGCCAGCCUUUCCACCAGGACCGGCCCUGGGCACGCGGCACAGCCGAGGCUGCCAACGAGUGUCUCCCUUGCAACUGCAGCGGCCGCUCCGAGGAGUGUUUCUACGACCGGGAGCUGUACUGGCGCAGUGGGCACGGCGGGCACUGCCGCAACUGCCGCGACAACACGGCCGGGCCCCACUGCGAGCGCUGCCGCCAGAACCACUACCGCUGGGAGCCACAGGCAGCCUGCCAGCCCUGCCACUGCCACCCUGCAGGCUCCCUGCAGCCCCAGUGUGACAACUCGGGGACCUGCCUCUGCAAAGCCAACGUGACGGGCUGGAAGUGUGAGCGCUGCAAGGACGGCUACCACAGCCUCAGUGAAGGUGGCUGCAGACCCUGCAUCUGCGACCCGGCGGGCAGCGUUGGCACCUGCGACCCCAACACAGGGCACUGCACUUGCAAGGAGAGGGUGGAGGGGCACCUGUGCAACAGGUGCCAGCCAGGCUGGUUUAAUCUGCAGCCCCACAACCCCGUUGGUUGCACCAGCUGUUUCUGCUACGGCCACUCCACCGCCUGCACGGCAGCCGAUGGCUACGAGGAGAGCCACAUCCGCUCCGACUUCAGCCACGGGCUGGAGGGCUGGGCUGCCACAGCUCCAGGCACCACAGACCUGCCUCUGCGCUGGGCUGGCGGGGAGAUCGUCACGGAGUGGGAUGGAGAGGAGCCGGUGGAUUUUCUUGCACCAGAGAAGUUUCUGCAGAACCAGCGCCUCAGUUAUGGGCAGCUCCUGUCCCUGCUGUUGGGAGUGGAGAACAGGACAGGGACAGAGCCCGGGAUGCCCCUGCUCCAAGUCCAGCUGGUUCUGGAGGGUGAGGGGAUGGAGAUCACCCUGCCCAGCAGCAAGAGCCUGCCCCAGCAUGGAAAGCAAGCUGUCACCUUCAGGCUGCACGAGGCAGAGGAGGGUGCAGAGCCUUUGCUGUCAGCCUUCAGCUUCCAGCGCCUGCUCUCCAACCUGACCGCCCUCCGGCUCCGUGUGAGCCGCGGCCCCGUGCGAGGCAGGCUGUCCCUGAGCGAGGUCCAGCUCACAUCUGCCAGCCCUGGGCUGGGGACACGGGCGGGCUGGGUGGAGGAGUGCACGUGUCCCACGGGCUAUGCCGGCCAGUUCUGCCAGUCCUGCGCGCCCGGAUUCAAGCGGGAGAUCCCCUUCGGCGGCCCCUUCGUCAGCUGCGUGCCCUGCGCCUGCAACCAGCACGGGGACUGUCACCCCCUCACAGGGCACUGCCGGUGCUUGCACAACACAGAGGGUCCCUCCUGCGAGCGCUGCAGCGCCGGGUUCUAUGGCAACCCCUUCGUAGGGCGCUUUGAUGACUGCAAGCCGUGCCCCUGCCCCGGAGGUUCACCCUGCACCGAGGUGCCCAGCAGUGGGGAGGUGGUCUGCACCCACUGCCCCCCGGGGCAGAGAGGGAAACGCUGUGAGCUCUGUGAUGACGGGUUUUUCGGGGACCCCCUGGGGCAGAGGGGCCCUGUGCAUCCCUGUGAACCCUGCCAGUGUCAUGGGAACGUGGAUCUCAAUGCCGUGGGGAACUGUGACCCUGUGUCUGGCCGAUGCCUGCGCUGUGUGUACAACACGAUGGGCGAGCACUGCGAGAGGUGCCGGCCGGGCUUCUACGGGGACGCGCUGGCUCCCAGCCCUGCUGGGAAGUGUGCACCUUGUGACUGCAAACCCAGCGGCUCAGACCCAGGGCUGGAGGGCUGUGAUCCCAUCACGGGCCAGUGCCACUGCCUCCCACACGUAACAGGCAGAGCCUGUGGGCACUGCCAACCUGGCUACUACGGCCUGGAGCCCACUGUGGGGUGCAAGAGCUGUGAGUGCCACCCGACAGGGUCGCGUGACAGCGAGUGCCACGCAGUGACGGGGCAGUGCUCCUGCCAGCCAGGUGUCACGGGGAGGCAAUGUGACCGCUGCCAACACGGCUUCUUUGGCUUCUCUGCCAGGGGCUGCCGAGCCUGCAACUGCUCCCCACUGGGCUCCGUCACCCCGCAGUGCCACGAGAACAGCACCUGCCUCUGCCGCCCCGGCUUCGUGGGCUACAAGUGCGACCAGUGCCAGGCCAACUUCUUCCUCGACCCUCUGAGCUCCCACUGCCAGCAGUGUCCUGCCUGCUACGGGCUGGUGAAGGACAAGGCUGACCAGCUGAAGGCCAGGCUGCAGGAGAUGGAGGAAUGGCUGCAGAAACCAGGCUGUAAUGCCCACCCAGGCCAGUCUCUCAUGCUGGGGGAUGCACCCCGGGGAGAUGGGCUGCCCAGCUCACACCUCCUGCAAGGUGCCUGGGCCACCCUGUUGGCACAGGUGGGGCAGCUGGCAGGGGCUCUGAGCACUGCACAAGGCCGCCUCACCAGUGCCAGCCAGGCCACCAGCUGCUCUGGCCACGGACCCCAGACCUGCAUCCUGCUGUCAGAGAUCGGGGUCGUGCUGCAGUCAGCACAGCGGGAGAUCCUGAAUGCUGCAGACACCCUGGCUACCACAGAGAUUCCCCAGGAAAUCCCAGGGCAGCCCACAAACUGGAGCCACUGGGCACUGGAGGCACGGGCUCUGUCCAAGAGCCACGAGGGCGCUGUUGCAGAGGUGGAAGCGGUGGUCAGGAGAGCGCUGCGUGCCUCCAACGCCAGCUCCGAGCUCCUGCGGAGUCUGCUGGAAGGGAACGCCACGCGGGAUGCGCAGCGUGAGCUGGAGGCUGGGUAUGAGGAGAUCCAGCGGGCGCAGGAGGAGCUGGGUGUGGGCAUGGAAGAGGCCAGGAGAGCUUUGUCAGCCGUGCAACAGGCAAAUGCAGACAUGGCCAAGAAACUUCUGCAGGUGGCUGCUCUGGGGCAGCAGGUACUGCCAGUGCAAGCUGGAGCCCUGGCACAGGACCUGGCUGUGCUGGAGCAGACAGCAACAGCCCAGGAGCUGUUGGCUCAGCAGGCUGUCAAGGCAUCCCGCACACUGGCAGCUGGAUUGCGCCUGGAGCUGCAGAGGACUCAUGGCUUUGAGCAGCUGCGGGACCGGGCUGGCUCUGCCCGUGACACGGCCACCUCGGCUGUCUCACAUGGAAAAGCUGUGCACUCUGAUGCUGAGUCCCUCCUGGCCAGCUUGGAAGGCAUGAGGAAGAUGCUGCGGCAUCGGAAGGGCCUGGCUGCCCUGAGGAGGAGGAUGGCCACUGUGCGGAACAGGGUUUUGGUGGAUGCCCAGAAGAAGAUUAAACAGGCAGAGAAGACACUGGGAAACUCCUUGUCCAUCUCCACCACGGCCCAGAGGACAGCUGGAGAGGCUGAGCAAGUCUCUGAGGAGAGUGCCAAGAGGGCACGGGCUGUGCUGCAGGAGAGCAAACGGGCCCACAAGCAUGCCAGACAGCUCGCCAGGCGUGCCAAUGAGACCCAGGGGGAGCUAUCGCGACAGGAGCACAUGGCUGAGAAGCUCAGGGGGGACCUGGAGGAAGCACACCAGGUGGGGACGGAUGUGAGUGAGAUAGCAAAAAGUCUCCAGGAAGCCCGGGGCUCACUCAUGUCGGACAUCGAGACCCUGAACAACCUGCUGAGCAGCCUCGGCAAGCUGGAGCAGGACAUGGAGGUAGAGGCUGUGCUGAGCGCCGGGCAAGUGCAGCUGGAGCAGCUGUGGCAGCGCCUGGCCACGCCGGGCUCCCUGGCCGGCCAGCUCAGCCGGCUGCAGCAGGAGGCAGCCCGGCAGCAGGAGAAGAUCCAAGCGUUCGAGAGUGACUUGGCUGAGAUCCAGGCUGACAAGCGGAACCUGGAGGAUAUUUUGCGGAGCCUCCCCGAGGGCUGCUCGAAGUGACCAGCUGCUGGCUGCUGCCCCAUCCCCUCUGUGCCCCCCUGCACAGGGAAAGGCAGAGGGAAGGACACCCUGUGUUAACCAGCAUCAAUCCCUCCCACUGCUACUCACACUGCCCUCCACAGAGUAUCUCACCCCAGGUCUUUAUCUGUACCGGUUCAGGCUCUGCAUUCCGAGUGCUCUGCAGCAAGACUCCAGCCACCAGCUCAGUCCUUGGGAUGGGGGGACAGCCAGCUUCCAGGGGCCACCAACGUUUCUGUGCAGGAUGAGGAGCCAUCACAGGGCUGGUUUCUCACCUUGGAGUGAACAAAGAACCAUCACAGAUUUCCUCCAUCCCUCCUUCCCCACCACAGCAUGGCACACUGGGCAGGGAGAGAUUACCAAGUAUGUGACAUACCCAAGCUGUAACACCCAGCAGUCCCUCCUCCUGCCCCAGGAGAUGAGAGAGGCUCUCACCUGCUGCACAGUACCUUGCAGUAUCAUGCCCAUGUGCUGUGGUCAUAGAGGUGCAGAGAGGAAUCCCUGUGAAGGGAGGCAGAGAGCUGCUCACCAGCGGGCAUACAGCUUGUCUGUUUUCCAAGGGAAGGGAGGUUGCAGCAGGCAGGGCUAAAUUAACAAGCAGAAGCAAAGCUGGACCCUUACACAGCUCCUGGCAGGCAGGUGGGGCAUCCUCUACCUGCUGCAGGGUAAGGGCAGGUCAGCUCUUGCUGUUCCCCUGCUCCAGGGCAGCACAACGCUGCUGUUGCUUGCUUUAAGCCAGCCCCAUGACUGCAGUCCCAGGGGCUGGGUGGCACAGGCACUAGGCUGAGAGGUGGGAGGGCUGCAUCACCCACAGCCCCACAUCAGCACCUGCGCCCCCUCCCCACUGGGAGGAGCUGGCUGGUGGCACCAGGCUGUGCAGCCAGCACAGACUGGAUGGGGAAAGGCUGGACACCAGCUCCUGCCAGUGUCACUCCCACGAGGUGGCAGAGGUCGGUGGCUGUAUUGCCUUUAAAGGAAAGGCAUGUGUGUUCCCCUGUGCUCCCAUGCGGGCUGGGCUGUGUGGCCACGCAGGCAGGUCCUGGCUCAGCCCACCCUGUGCUGGCUGUGCCGUGACUCCAGGUAGAUGAAGUCAUUCCCAUAAGACCCAAAACAUGUCCCCAGGCUGGAGCAGGUUUCAUUUUUUAACCAGUUUUACCUGUCUUUUUCUGCUCACAGUGCUGGAAAUCAGGUUUGCUAAAGUCUUGUGUAAUUUAUGUAAAAUUGCUGCCAUGGAUGUUGAAUUCCCCCAGCAACAUCUUCAGUGUGUCCAGUGGCCUGAAAGGGACAUGGGAUUUUCCUACUGAGAACAAACCCUUUGCCCUCAUAAUUCUGCACAAAAGCUGCCCAAGGAGUGGGGUGCCAGAGCUGGGGGGAUGUAAUGGCGGGGCCCCCUCCCUCUGCCCAAGGACAGCUCUGGGAAAGCAAAAUCAUGGAGCAGUGAGAGCACAGUGUCAUCCGGCUUGGCCAGAGGCAGGGAGCCAUGGCCACUUACCGUCUCCCUGGGAGGACAAUUAUACAUCUCCAGUGAACACACAAAUUUGCUGCUGUUACAGAAAUGUCAAGCCUCUGCCGUGUGCCUGCUGAUGAAGAUGUGGUUCAUGCUCCCUCCUGCUCUCCCCAGAAUUCUGUGUUUUUAGCUGGCAACACCUGCCUAGAGCUGUAUCCAUUAAAAAUUCUUAAUACAACACGCAGCUGCCCGGCCAGGGCGCGUGGCAGCGGGAGGGCAGACGCUGU